AUGUCUGCUCCUUCGAUCGCCAACUACAUUGUCAAGCGCCCAUGGCUCAAGCGCUGGAUGACUCCGCUCGCUCAGUGGUACACUGAUGCCGCCGGCUACAGACGUCUAGGACUGAAGUUCGACGACCUAAUCCCCGAGGAGAGCGAGACCGUCCAGAAGGCCAUCAAGCGCCUGCCUGCCAAGGAGGCCUACGACCGCGUCUUCCGUAUCCGCCGGGCUUUCCAGUGCUCCAUCUCCCACACCCUCCUUCCCCCUGCUGAGCAGACCAAGCCCGAGGAGGAUGUUGAGUACCUGAGCCCGAUCAUCCGCGAGAUCGAGAAGGAGAACAAGGAGCGUGCAGACCUCGACAACCUCGUCGUCCGCAAGUAA